UCCAGUGAAUUCGUUCCAGUUGAACGCUUAUUAAAGUCUCUGCCUGAAGCGUGGCCCCCAACGAGGUGUGCAACAACUCCACCCUCCAAGCUUAUUCGUGGUGUGGCAGCCUACUAAAUGGAGCUCUUCACAAAGUUUCCGUGUGUCUAUAAGAGUGGAGGACGGAAGAGAUUUUCGGAUCUGGACUAGACUGCAAGAGAAAUGCCCACAGUAGGCGAUGAAAACUACGCACGUUCCAACGUACCGGCACUUCCGAAAGAAUUGUCCACAAUUAGAGCAGGUUCUUCAAGUUCAGAGUCAUAUGCUGUGCUUUCCAAGGCAUGAAGCAGAGUAUCAUCAUGAAUUCUGAGUGUGGUGGUGUUCAAAGCCAGCAGAACCACCUAAGCAACCACAAGCAUCAGAAGAAUGGUCCCAGCAACCAGGAGCUGCCACCGGACCCUGCAAUACCCAUGCCGGUGUGUGACCUCCAGAUCGAAUACACAAAGAUAUUUAUUAACAAUGAGUGGCAUGAGUCCUGUCAGAAAAGGAAGAUGGCUGUGUACAAUCCAGCAACCUCUGAUAUCAUCUGUGAAGUGGAGGAGGGGGACACAGAGGACAUUGACAAAGCUGUUAAACAUGCCAGGGAGGCAUUUCAGCUGGGGUCGCCAUGGAGACGGAUGGACGCAUCAGAAAGAGGCUGCUUGCUCAACAAGUUGGCAGACCUUGUGGAGAGAGACCAGCGGAUACUAGCGACCAUGGAAUCAAUUAACUCUGGGAAGCUCUUCCUGAUGGCCUACUUUGUUGACCUUGUGGCAACCAUAAAGACUCUAAGAUACUAUGCUGGCUGGGCAGACAAGGUUCAAGGAAAGACUAUUCCUGUUGAUGGAGACUAUUUCACCUUUACUCGACAUGAGCCUAUUGGAGUGUGCGGUCAAAUUAUUCCUUGGAAUUUCCCACUGAUGAUGUUCGUGUGGAAGAUCGCCCCUGCCUUGUGUUGUGGAAACACCGUGGUCAUUAAACCGGCCGAGCAGACGCCUCUGACGGCUCUCCACAUGGCCCAGCUCAUAAAAGAGGCUGGCUUUCCUCCUGGGGUUGUUAAUGUGGUACCAGGAUAUGGGCCAACUGCAGGGCAUGCCAUUGCCCAUCACAUGGACAUCAACAAAGUGGCUUUCACUGGGUCUACACAGGUUGGGAAGCUCAUCCAGAGGGCUGCUGGUGACACUAAUCUCAAACGUGUCACACUUGAACUAGGAGGCAAAAACCCCAACGUUGUCUUUGCAGAUUCUGAUUUGGAGCUGGCUGUGCAGCAGGCCCAUCACGGCCUCUUCUUCAACCAGGGCCAGUGCUGCCUGGCCGGCUCCCGGGUGUUCGUGGAGGAGCCUGUCUAUGAGGAGUUUGUGCGCUGCAGUGUGGAGAUGGCCCAGAGGAAAGUGCUGGGCAACCCCCUGGACCCCAGCGUGGACCACGGACCACAGAUUGACAAGAAGCAGUUUGAUAAGAUCCUGGAGCUGAUUGAGAGUGGGAAGAGGGAAGGGGCCAAGCUGGAGUGUGGUGGGGCCCCCUGGGGCCAGAAAGGCUUCUUUAUCCAGCCAACGGUCUUCUCCGACGUGAGGGACAACAUGCGCAUCGCCAGGGAGGAGAUUUUUGGCCCUGUUCAGCUGAUCAUGAAGUUUCGCAGUGUAGAGGAAGUCAUCCAGAGGGCCAAUGACACUCAGUAUGGCCUGGCUGCAGGGGUUUUCACCAGCGACAUCAGUAAAGCGCUCGCCAUCACAUCAGCUCUGCAAGCAGGAACCGUGUGGGUUAACUGCUACAAUGCAAUGAGCACCCAGUGUCCAUUUGGUGGGUUUAAGAUGUCAGGAAAUGGGAGAGAAUUGGGAGAGUACAGCUUACAGGAAUACACAGAAGUAAAGGCUGUUACCAUCAAGAUCUCUCAGAAAAACUCUUGAAGGCUGUGGUCAUUUGCAAUAUUUCUCUGGACAUUGUACAGUAUGCCUUCAAUGACAAGCAUUCAUCCUCCAUAUCCAGAUAGGGAAGCAUCAUGCCUAGCUGGACUGGUCAUCAUAGUCUUUUGCAUACUUACUGUUACAGUACUUCACCAUAUUCAUUGCAUGGUUUCAAUCCAAGGACUUUAAUUAUGGGACUACUUUCAUUAGUCGCAUAAUAUUACAGGAGAAGAAUAACCUCCAAUAACUCUAUGAAGAGGCUAUUCAUUUCAAAUAAUAACAGGGAGGAGAUGGCAAAUUGUGUAAGAAUGUCAUGAGAUACAAAUCUGCAGGCAUGGCAGUCAUAGCUCUUCCUCCUCAGUCUGGCAUACUGAAUACAGAUUAGAGCACAGUGUAGGAGUGGGAGUGUUGUGUUGUACAUUUGUUUCAGACCAGAUGUGGAGGGAGAUUUGCUGUAAAUAUGUUUGUGUUCUGUGGUGAUUGUUUAUGUAUUCGGUUGUCAGUGGAGGAUCUAAAGAGUGAAUUUGAUCAGAUUCAGAUGUUGUCUUGUAGAGAAUACAUCAUUGCUAUUACCAACUCACAGUUUAGGAGAGCAGCAAGAAGCGCACGGUCUUAAUGUGUAAUCUCUGCUCUUCAGCCUGAUUCCUGUUUCAUUGCACAUGAUUGUCCAAUAAACUAUAGCGUAUGA